AGGAUAAAAUGGCAGAGAUUGAUGGAGGGCCAAGGAGUUCUUUGGAAUACAUGGAAAGUAUACUUGGAUGCUCCGAAAUACCCGUGCUGGUUAAAAUGUAUAGACCAUUACUUGUUAGAUGUCUGAUUGUCACCGAUAUAGUUCCUUACCUGGGUGGCGUCAUUUCAACACGAGAAAAAGAGACAGUUAUGAGGCAAUAUGAGAGAAGAGGCUCAACAGUGGCAAUGGAAGAGCUACUGUUUUUCAUUGAGGGGAGCAGUCAUAAUGAAAAGUGGACAAAACUUGUAGAUAUUAUAGAGAAAAAAGGAUACAAAUACGUAGCCAAAGCUUUAAGGGGUCAGAGAGUGAAGAGCGAUGCUUACAAAAAAUUUACAAAGAUUCUUCAACAACACAAAAUGGACCUUGUGCAGAACAUUGACCCAAGCCAAAUAUGGGUAAAACUGGAAUCUCUAUUUAUUAUAGAGGUGACAGAUAGAGAAGAAAUUGAGGCUGAGAUGAGAAACAAAGGUCCAAUGUCUGCAAUGUUAGUUCUUCUAGAUAGAAUAUGGAGAAGGGAUGAUAACUGGUAUCAUGUAUUUUUAGAAGCACUAUGCGAAAAGGGGUAUAAAUACAUCGUGGAAGAGAUUGAUGAUGAAUUUGCAGAAGAAUGGAAGGAUAGAAUAAGGAAUGGAAAUUGUAUUGAACAUGGCAUACCACAUCCCUCUGAAUCAAGAUUAAGCAAGCCAGUUCAAUGUGAAUCCGACAUUCACGCACCAUAUCCAGGUCCGACAAUUCCAGGUACAGCAAAUGCAGAUCCGAUGUAUCCAGGCCCAUCAUUUUUAGAUCCAUCAAUAGGACAAAGCCAAACCUCCUGCAAAUAUAUAGCAAUAAACGACCAUGGGGAAGAAAAUGAUGAAACAGGCCAGAAAAAGAUUUCUGAAGUUUCUGACCUUGAAGUACAAUUUGAAUCUAGUUUUAACUUUGAUGAAAUUUUAUCCUCUGGAAUAAGUGAGGAAUCACUGAGCAAAGAGAAAGACACAACAAACGCUAAUAAAAGUAAUCCGAGGGAUAAUUAUGACCAUGAAGAAACAAGAACCAAUGUGAAAGUUCUCUAUACCAGAAAUGGUAACCAGGAGAUUGACAACGAAAGCGUUACAGAGAAGAAAGUCACAGAGCAUGAUACUUCACAGCCCUUGGCCGAAAAUAAUGUCUCAAUAAAGAUAUUAAAAUUGAGGCAGUAUCAACUGGAACAAGCUGAACAAUCAUUGAUGGGAGAAAAUUGUUUAAUUGUUUCGCCAACAGGAAGUGGCAAAACAUACGUGGCUAUCAGAAUAAUACAGAGUCACCUCGACGAAACAGGAAAAGUCAAGAAAGUUGUAUUCAUCGUGGACAAAAACAAUUUAGCGAAUCAGCAGUCAGAGAAAAUAAAGGAUUAUGUACGAUGUAGACUUAAAGUGAUAUCUGGCGACACCCAGAGGGAGGAAGAUUUUCAAGAGAUGAAACCACUUCUUCCUCAAUAUGAUGUUUUUGUGGUCACUGCACAGAUGCUGGUCAAUGCUCUGACCAAUCAAGGUGUCAGCAUCAGAGAUUUUUCUUUGCUUAUAUUUGACGAAUGUCAUCACUGUCAUGGUAGUCAUCCGUUUAAACAGAUAAUGAAUCAGUACAUGGAUGUCAAACUGGAACAGACAGAUGAAGAAAGCCAACUUCCCCAAGUUGUUGGUUUUACUGCAUCUGUUGGAGUAGGAAAAGCUAAGACUAUUGAGAAAGCCACCGAGUAUUUAAAGCAAGUCAUGUCAAACAUGGACGCUCAUUACCUUGUGACGGUCCAAAAGAACAGACGCGAUUUGGCCAAACAUGUUAACUCUCCAGAACAAUUCAUCAAAGAAGUACCUGUCAGACCGAAGGAUGAGUUUGGAGUACGUGUAAAAUCUCUCAUGGUUACAACAGAGAAAUAUUUGGAAGACACUGGCGUUGGGAUAGUGGACAGAAAUGCUAUACAGCCUCCAUCAUUGAAAGGAAACGAACAAUACACACAAUGGCUAGAGGACGUGCUUUUGAAAGCAUUGGCAAAACUCUCUAAAUCAGAAGCAACUCGAUCACUGUUUACAAUAAGGAAAUAUUUAGAGAUUUACAACAAUGCCCUUGUCCAUCAUUCAUAUGCAAGAGCCAGUGAUGCAUUGAAUUGCAUCAAAACCGACAUUGAUAAUCUUCCAAAAUUAUCCAGAAACGAAAAUAAAAUCGAGAGAAAAAUAAAAUCAUUAUUUGAAGGGGAAUACACAAUAUUGACAGAAUGCGCUUUGGACCACGAAAGAACCGCAGAAAAUCCUCUCAUGCUGAAACUCAAAGAAAUCAUCAUAACAACACAUGAAGAGGAACCAAACAUGAGGGGAAUAGUGUUCGUAAGAACUCGUAUUCUUGCAGACAUCCUUGCUUCAUGGAUGGACAGCUCGAAGGAGUUACAACACAUAAAAGCUCGAAAGUACACUGGUUCACAGGCUCAAACUGUAGAAGGAGGCAUGACUAAACACGAACAAGUAAAUGCCAUUGAACUGUUUAAAAAUGGAGAAUUUAAAAUUAUAGUUGCGACAACUAUUGCUGAGGAGGGACUCGACAUCAAAGAGUGUAAUCUUGUUGUAAGAUACGAUUAUGCCGGAAAUCCAAUUUCCCUGGUGCAAGCACGAGGUCGAGGUCGUGCAGAAAACAGCCGUUUCUAUGUGCUAGCCUCUGCAGAGAAGUGUGUUGCUGAAAGAGAGUGGGUGAAUACUUUAAAAGAGCCGAUGAUGAAAGAAGCAAUGAAAAAAGUACAGCAAGAGAUUGAUUCCAACCACGAUGUGUUCCUUGAAAAGCAACAAGAGUUUCAGAAACUCGCUAAAAGGGAACGCGAUGCAGCAAAACAUAACAAGGGAAGGAGAGUCGUGGGAAUUGGGCAAUAUAACUUAAGGUGCUUGAAAUGCAAUGCUUUCUUGUGCAUGUCGAGCGAAUUAAGGAAGAUACUUAAUGCGCAUCAUACCUGUAUCAGUGAAGAUAUAAAAAAUAACAUAAUCGGGAAAAAAUAUUCCAAAGCAGCCUUUCAAGGAGAGGAUAUUGAGAUGGGAGUCGGUCAGAUCUCUUGCAAAGAAUGCCUUGUGAAAUUAGGAACCAUUGCUCUCUUCAAAGAUGUAUUUUUCCCUAUUUUAAGUAUCACUGCAUUAAAAAUCGAAGACGAUUUGGAGCGAGGAGAUACUUUGAAAAAAUGGAAAUUUGUGGAGAGGUAUUUCAAGGUGCCAGAGUUAACAGAGGCUGAUCUUGAAAAUGUUGCAAAGUUUGAAAGACUUAUUGAAUUUUAGAAAUAUUCUAAAAGAGAUUUUGCAACAAAGAAGA